UUCCAGUUACAACAACGUGAGCGACAUCAGGGGUCAGAGGGGUAACUUACGGCGAAUCCUGACCAUACUCAAAAUAUUUAAAAGGAUAUUAGUCAUAAGACGUUUUGGAAGUCAUCUGCCCGGUAGAUAUACUCCUUUUAUCGAUUUUAAGUGCCUGGUCACCUCCUAGUUGCUUGCUAUAAAACCUAGUGCGCACUUGAGCACAGUCACGAAGACGCAUCUCGAACAGGAGCGCAGCGCUGAAGCGCGGCGGACAGCCAGAUAGUUCUCUAUUGCGCUUACAUUUGGAGGAUAUUGAUAACUGGAAAAAAAAAAGAAGCUGUCUGAAGACACAGAAACAAUAUUAUAUCCAAUUUUAAAGAAGACCGCCUCUUAUACGCCAUAUCUUACUUGUUGUCAUAUUUCUAUACUUUUGUGGGUUUAAAAGGAAGGAGAUAGUCAGACUUAACGUUCUGUGCGCCGCCAGUCAACACCAUCAUGAAAUUGUUGUUAUCUGUAGUACUUGUAUUCCUCGCUUUGUCCCAAAUUUUUGGUGAGGAUUUGAGUUUAAAAGAAGACCUCGACUACUGGACAAACGACAACCAAAUACAGGGUGAGUGGCUUCAGGCGGAUCCAUUCAGAGAGAUACUUAGACGGAUGACGAGAAAACCUCGACCACAUCAGUUCAUCGGACUAAUGGGAAAGCGCUCCUCUGAUAACGCACAGAUUACACGAAAACGGCAUAAAAUUAACUCAUUUGUUGGGUUAAUGGGGAAAAGAAGCCAGGAGGAACCAGAAAUGUAUGAAUGGGUCACGCUACAGAACUAUGACAACCGGCGUUAACUCCCGAAGCUCCAGACUGCCUCUGAUGUUCACCAUGCUUAACAGUGGACGUUCUCAUCUCACGCCUUUACUUUAUUAUUUUUGUAACUUCUUUAAGUGAAUUUAAUUAUGAAGUUCAAUAAAAAUAAUUUAAAAAAAAACAAUUUUCACUUUGUGGUGAUGUAGCAGCACCUUGCCAACUAUGUUUGUAGUAAGAAAGGAACAGACAUUGUAAUACUGUCCAGCUGUGAUCAAACAUAUUAAUGGAUGUCAAAGUCUCUAAGACAAUUUGGACUAUUACGGUCUAUAUAUGUCUGUGUGGGUCAUGGGUAAGUUGUACUGCCAAACUCUCUGCAUAGUGCCUCAUCAUGUUUUAAAUCACAACUCUGUUCUGUAAAUAUGAUUUCAGACACACAAAUCUGGGCAUGUUGUCAUGCUUCCACCCUAACAAUUUUCAUAUGAUGAAUCAUUGUGAUUGUAGCUUAAUAUUAAAAUUAUUUUCCUUAUUGGUGGAA